AUGGACUGCACCGACAUCUUUGACCUGUCCACAGAGGAGCUGCUGGGGGAGCUCAGCUCAGGCAACCACCAAUCUGAUGGACAAGCUCUCAAUUGGCGGCACCGCCUUAUUCAUCAAGAGCUGCAGGAGCGCCAGGGCUCCGAAGAUCUCGCUCUACAGCUGCUGCCUAGCCCCCCCCCUCUUCCCCCAGCCAAAUUAUCCUCCCCAACAGAUAUCCGAGGAGCACCUGUACAAUUGUCACCUUCCCCGUCCUCUUCUCCGCUCAUUUCCACCACCACUAGUCUCUCAAACUCGAAGUUACAAUAUUUGUCGAACUCUGAGCACUCUGCGAAGAUUCCCGAAGAGACCGCACCAUCGCUCAGUGACAACGAGCAGGGGCCAAGUUUCUCUCCCCCUGGUCAACUCAAUAGUCGCCAGGCGGCCGCAAAUAUUCCACUUCGGGACACUACAACAGCCCCCACUCAGAAACGCGCCUUUGCAGCCCCCCAUUUGGAAGGCAGCAAGACUGCUCGAGCGUCUAUUCUCACAGAGAUCGUGAUCGGGGCGUCGCCUGUGAUGUCAUCCCCCCGGAGAAGAAGCAGCUUGCGGAAGAAGCCGGAUGGUGAGACCCCUCGGAAGGGGCAAGCGGAGAGAGGGGAGGGGGCCAAGGAGAACGCUGAGAAGAAAAGGGACGUAGCACGGGUUCUUGGAGGGCGAACGAUUGGGGAACUCGGAAGAGGGGGAGAGAAGAAGGACGUGAAGGCUAGCGGAAAUUGCCAAAAGAGGGUGGAAAGUAGCGGCGAAAAGUCAAGCUGGGACGCUCCGGCUAGAAGCGGGGCGGCUGGGGGUGUGAUUAGAGGGAAGGACGUGAACAGUUCUAAUCUGAGCGACUUGACAGUUGGGCCGAAGUUGGGAACGGAGCUCGGCAAGUCGGGUGAUGGAGAACAAGAAGGCAACACGCAAACAGACGAAGAGAAUGUGGCAGCGGUUUUGGUUGAGGCACUGCCAGGGAUUGGGGACCUGGGAGUUUAUCGUGCGGGUUCUGAGACUGUUAGGAUCUCAACCUCCUCGGAACUUCCGUCCGAGUGCCUUCGAAGGAGCCCAGCGAGCCAGGGCGCCAAGUCUAGAAACGUUGGCGGCUCUAUGGAAGCUGGAUACGAGAAAAGUAUAGAGCAUGCGGAGGGAUCUGGGCAUGAAAAGCUCAGCGGUUUGUCAGGCUCUUCGGAAAGGGCCGAGCGCGCUGGUGGAAAGUUGAGCAAGAGUACUGAGUUCCAGCAGAACGAGGAAAAACUCAAAGAAGUCGACACUCUCAGCUCGGCCAAAUGCGAUCCAGUCACGAGGUCUAGCUCAGCUGAAACGAUGCUCGGAGAGGCAAGUAGCGGUGCGCAUAGAGAAGCGAGCGAAGUAACGGAAGCCUAUCAGGCCUCAGAAGGGAAUUCGUCGGAGGGACAGCUCAUUGAUGGCGAUGUGAGGAACAGUCUCCCUGAACGCAGUGAACGUGAAGCAUUAGAAACUGAUGCGUCGUCAGCACCACAAGGAACUAGCUUCGAAAGCCGGUUCUCAACAACUGGACCCGCUUCGAAGGCCCUCGAGGGUCAGUUGGACAGCGCUUCGUUGAUACCGGAGAGCGAAAUCGAACCUGAGCCAUCCGCAAGCCAGUUAGGUGGCGAAAUCGGGAAAAGUUCCCGCGGUGUAGUUACGCAUUUGGAAAGAGGGGCUCUUGCUGAAGACGACGAAAGGGACUCGAUUCCUCCGAAGUUAGCAGCACCAGCAGUCUCAGCAGGCCAAAACCUCGAUCAUUCAAGCGGGGUUAGUCAAACGGAACCCACCACCUCAGCCGUAGGUAGCGGGACGCUUGUCUCAGCAGUGGUUAGCCAAACUGACUUUGGCUCACUAACCCGGUUCGAGCAGAUCUUCACGCGCUUUGCUCCGGGUGCGGCGCUGAGCAAGGAAGGAACGGCACGGCCGGGUCCAGCUCUACAGCAAUUUUACAAGGACGUCGCGCAGUGUCUGGACACGGACGCUCAGCUGCUGCCGGACCUGCCUGGCGGGCCUGGGCUGCGGACGUCCGACGUUCUCCUCCUGCGCGUGGACGCUGGAGACCACUCCGAGGUGGCGGACUUGCUGGCGUCAUGCGCGCGCGUGUCCGGAGCGUGGGCAGUGGAUGCGGACGCCCGCAGCACGACGUGGAACGUGCUCUGGACCUGGGCUGCGAGGCCACGUGUUGACUACAGCGAGCUGCUGACGUGGCAGAGGGUGAACCAUUUCCCCAACUCCAAGCAGCUCACUAGGAAGGACCUCCUCAAAGGCCACCUCGCGCGCUUCUCGCGCGCCGCCAACUCGCUCAUGCCCACCACCUUCACGCUGCCGCGCGAAUACGUCGCAUUCGUGCGCGCAUUCUCGGACGGCAGGACCGACGUCCGCGACCCGUCCGAACCACUCGCCGCUGCGUCCGCAUCAGCACCUGACGUCAGCAAACCGUCCGGAAAGCCCGUCCUUGCGGCGGACUCGGAUGCUGACGUCAGCGGUCCGUUUGGAAAGCAGGCGGCCGCGUCCGAGUCAGCAAAUGACGUCAACGAAGCGUCCGAAAGGCAGUCCUUUGCCUCUGGCGUGGAUGCGGACGGAAGCAAGGGAGGCGGGGAGAGUUUGUCUGCGGAGGAGACGUCCGCCUCCCCCGAUUGCUCCAACGUGUGGAUCAUGAAACCGGUGGGCCGCUCCCGGGGCGAGGGCAUCUUCCUGGUGUCGGACAUCUGCCACGUGGCGUACGGCGAGGCCAUGGUCGUCCAGAAGUACGUCGAGCAUCCGCUGCUGCUGCACGGCCACAAGUUCGACCUGCGGCUCUACGUCCUCGUGACGUCAUUCAACCCGCUGGAGGCGUUCCUGUAUCAGGAGGGCUUUGCGCGCUUCGCCAGUAGGCCCUACGAGCUCACCGAGGCGUCCCUAACCGACCCGUUAGUUCACCUGACCAAUACCGAGGUGCAGAAACAGCGAGACCACGUGCCCAGCUUCCUGCUGUAUCAAUCUGACGGCGACACGUGUCGCCGCACCUCUGCUGACUACCACCCAACGGAAGCUUCGGACAGAAAUGGCGAAAAAGGGGGAGAUGCUGUUGAGGAAGGGGACUGUAUAACUGGUUGUAGUUCAGGGCCCGCAAAAGCUGACGGGGCUGAAUGCAAGGAUUGGAGAUCAAACAGAGAUCAGGAACUUAUAGAUACAGAAAAUUCCGUUCCGAAUCCGCGGAGAUACGGGGCUGAUCUUUCUAAAGGAUCGUCCUUAGAGCGGAAAGUGCUUUGCGCCAGCGGCAGCCAUAGCAGUAGAAGAACCGAAGCAGCCAAGGCGCCCGAGUCGGAAGUUCCAGCGCAACAUAGCGAAGCGUUUGAAAGCCUCUACGGCGGCUGCAAGUUUUCGCUAACCCGUGCCUUCGCCCUCAUGGUUAGCCACGGGGUUAACGUAGACCGGCUUUGGCGGCGGAUAACAGCGCUGGUUCUCCAGUCACUAGAAGCGGUGCAGACAGCCAUACCCGCAAAUAGAAACUGUUUCGAGUUGUUUGGUUACGAUGUGUUGGUUGACGAAACCCAGCGGCCGUGGUUAGUGGAGGUUAACUCGAGCCCGUCAAUGGAGACCGGGACGCCCCUCGACUGCGCGCUCAAGGGCGCGCUUAUACGGGACACGCUCGCGCUGGUGGAACCCCUCCCGUUUGACCGCCCGUCUCUGGCGUCCGUAUUGCGCCGGCGUGCCAGCCCCCUCCCGUCCGUCAAAAGAUUCGGUGCCAAGACCGACCGGCCACAGCGCUACGACCCCGACUUGCACAACGAUCUGGACAAAAUUCUGAACGGCCGGAGACAGCGAAGAUGGGGCGACCUUCCGGCUCGUUUAGGGAACUAUCAGCGGAUAGCCCCUUCAAACCCGCACAAAAAGCAGGCCCCAAAGGGACGGGUAGUCGACGGACGCAGCUGACUGAAUUCAUGAGCGCCAAUAUAUGGCCCGCUGCUGUUGUUCGUCCACACUUGGGCUUCAAGCCCAGUGUUCGGUGUAAGCAAGUACUUAAGUCCAAAUUGCGUCCCAGUUUAAUGAAGACUGUAAUGAAGAUACAUCCACACUUCAUCUGUGUACGUUACGAACAAAUUGCGAUGCGGCAAGA